AGAGAAUGCUGUCAGUGAUCAGGUCAAGGAGGGUCUGAUUGAACUGAAUUGUCACUUCACAUGGAAUCUGAUGUUGGAAGACUUUGGCAUACCUGAUUUGGAAAUGAGGAUCUCUGAGGAGCUUGAGUUUCUAGACAUCAAAAACCAAGUGGGGAUGCUAAACCUCAGGGCCUAUGUGAAUCACCUAAAAGGCCAGCAUGAGGAAGCCUUGCAGAGCUUGAAAGAAGCAGAAGCCUUGAUCCAGGGAGAGCAGGUGGGCAAGAGAAGCCUGGUGACCUGGAGUAACUGUGCCUGGGUGCAUUACCACAUGGGCAGCCUGGCAGAAAUCCAGACCUACCUGGACAAGGUAGAGAACACAUGCAAGGAAUUGGGCAGUCCCUUCCGCUAUAGUAUGGAGUGUGCCGAGAUGGAAUAUGAGAAAGGCUGGGUCUAUCUGAAGAGUGGACGAAAGAAUUAUAUACCAGCCAUGGACUGCUUUGAAAGAGCUCUGAGUGUGGAUCCUGAAAACCCUUUAUACAACCUUGGCUAUGCAGUUGCAGCCUAUCACACAGACUUUGAUGACAAGAAUAUCUCUCUAGAACCCCUAAGGAAGGCUGUCAGUUUAAAUCCAGAAGAUCCGAAUAUUAAAGUUUAUCUUGCGCUGAAGCUUCAGGAUUUAGGAGAAGCAGCUGAAGCAGAAACACACAUUGAAGAAGCCCUCAGUAGCACAUCCUGCCAACACUAUACAUUUCGAUCUAUAGCCAAGUAUUACCGAAGGAAAGGCUACAUAUCCAAGGCUUUCCCUCUGCUACAUAGGGCCUUGCAGGUGUCACCUUCCUCUGGCUACCUGCAUUACCAACUAGGGCUCUGCUACCAUAGACAAGUGAUGCAACUGAGAACAUCCACCGAUAAGGCGGCCCAAAGGCAGGCGGCACAACAGGCCGUUCUUGAAUUUCAAGAGAUUGUGAAACUCAGACCCAGAUUUGAGAUGGCUUAUGUUUGCAUGGCUGAAGUUCAGGCAGAAACUGGCCAACAUGAAGAAGCAGAGGCAAAUUUCCAGAAGGCGCUGAACAUGAAGGAACUGUACAGGAAUCUUGAGUGUCACAAAGAGCAGGAUAUUCAUUUACGCUAUGGCCGUUACCAACACUUUCAUCGGAAAUCAGAGGAUGAGGCGAUCACCCACUACUUAAUAGGUCUUAAACUGAACAAAAAAAACUUUGUCUGGAGGAAUAUACUUGGAAGGUUAGAGAGAAUGGUCACAAGACGUGCUCGCCUGCAUGUUCGAAUUGUGGAGAGCUAUUGCUUGCUGGGCUUCAUCCACAAACUGAAGGGGGACAAGGAAUCGGCCCUGCACUACUAUGAAUUGGCUCUGCAGCUCACAAGGGAAGUGAACCGUCAGUUUUGAGUGCAGCUCCCAUCUGGGAAGUGAAUGUACUCAUAACUGAGGGUUCCCGACCUCCUUUCCAGUUUCUUUCUCCAUCCUCUUUGUCACCCCUCAUUGUGGUGUCUAUUAAGAAUUUGCACCUGCUCACUUACUGACCAGGACUGGCCCCUGCUGAUCUGCAUUCCCUUGAGCUGUGGGGAUCCUAGGACUUCUUUUCCUUAUGUCUGUGUCUUGGGAAUGUAAUUCUUCCAUCACGACCUGCCAGUGUCCUGGACAAAGAGGUCUUCUCCAAGGAAUCUUUUACUUUAGGUCAGCAGAUACUCUUAGUACAUUGCAGUUUCAGAGGAAACCAAGUGAGCAAAAGGGGAGUUUGAAAGAUGAGGGGUCUCACUGUACUGCAGAAUCAUUCACGACUAAUAAGAGUCUUA